UGAGCGCUUCAGCGUUGGGGUCUCCUUCAAAAUCAGCGCCUGUAAUCGUCGUCAAAAUUCCCUCUAAAAUCGAAAACGCGAAAACCCCUUUCAAAUCCUUAAAAAAUAAAUAAACAAAAUAAAAAUAAAAUUCGCUUCGCCUUCCAAAACGUAUAAAAGGGACUCACCAACCAGGCACUCUGAUUUCCAAGGGACCUAGUUAGAAUAUGAAGCGCAAGCGUGGGCAAAAGAAAGGGAAGGCCAAAGUCACCCCUGUAAUUAGUGCUAAUGAGACAAGUGGAAAUAAGGAAGAAGUAUCUGGUUUGGAUGAAUUUGGUAACAAUAAAUCUGACUCUGGAAUGGAAGCUGAUACACCUUCUUCGACUGGGACAGACCAUCAUUACAACCUUGCCAACAUAAAUCCUGAUGGUUCUGUUGAGAAGGCAGCAGGAAAAUCAUUUGGGCGCGUUAAAGUGAAGCUCAGGACAUCAAAAGUGUUAGACUCUCAGCCCACUUCUUCUGAUGCCCCUACUCAAAGUGAUACUGAUAAGAGUAGCCAGCAUCAAGGGUUCGAGAAACAAGGUGUAAAUACUGAGAGAACAGAAGACAGUGCUAAUUCAUUGCCCGAGAUUAAAUUGAGUGUUCUGUCAAAGAAAGCUGGGAGUAUAAAAAUUAAGUCCUCAAAGGUCUUUGGAUCAAGCUCUAACCAGACAGGAAAAUCAUUGUCACCAUCGGGUGGGAGUAGUCAUGCCAAAGAAACCAAUGCCACUCAAAAAAAUCCACGAUAUAAUAAGCAAGAAUUGGAUUCUGCUUUAGUGGUUAUAAGGAAGGUGAUGAAAAUGGAUGCUGCUGAACCCUUCAAUGUUCCUGUGAAUCCUGAGGCUCUAGGAAUCCCUGACUAUUUUGAUAUUAUAGAUACACCAAUGGAUUUUGGAACUAUAUGCAGCAGUCUUGAAAGGAAUGACAAGUAUAUGGACUCAGAGGAUGUGUUUAAAGACGUUCAAUACAUUUGGAGCAAUUGUUAUAAGUACAACAAUAAAGGUGACUAUAUCUUGGAUCUUAUGAGGCGUGUGAAGAAGAAUUUUAUGAAGUACUGGACUGCAGCUGGAUUAUACAGUGAACAUGCAAAAACAACUAAAGCAGAGGAUGGAGGACAGUCUGGUGAAGGAAAAGUAGCGAAGGGUGGUCAAUCAAAGCAGAAGACAAAAAAGCGUCAUGGAAGACGCCAUAAACACGAUUGCUUAUGUGCUAUUUGUGUCCUAAAGCGCCGUAGAAGGGAAAGGGAAGAGAAUGCCCGAAUGGCCAAGGGUAAUAUUGGAUCUGUUGAUGAUAGACAUGCUAGAGAGAUUAAACAAGAGGAAUCCAUGCAGGUAGAGAGCCCUGGAAGUGAGGAUUCAUCCUCAAAUAUGGAUGAAUCACAGGGCACUGAUCAGGAUGCUGAGGAGGAAAAAGGAGAGGAGGUGAAAACGGAGGUUGGUGAGAAGCAGUCUAGUCCUUCUGAGGGGAAGCACAAUGACAUGGACGUGGAUGAUGAAGAUGACGAAGAUGAAGAUGAUGACAAUGAUCAGAAAGAAGGGGAGGCGGAGGAGGAUGGAGAAGAGGAAGACUUGGAAGAAACUGAGGGAGACAUUCAGAAGAAAGACAAGGGCGAAAAUCUUAAGCAGUCACAUCUUGGAGAUGAAACUGCUGUUAAAGGCGAACAAGAAGGACAAGCUUUGGCCAUCCAGCAACAGAAGCACAAGGAAUCACGAAGUAAACAGGAGAGAGCCAAGUUGCUCGAGAAAUUUUGUUUUGAAAACCCUCAGCUUCCCAGCUUAUGUGCGACUCUGUUUCCUAAAAGCAGUGUAUCUGUAUGGAGUGGUCCAAACUCGCUGAAUCAUCAGCAUAAAACUUCUGCUACUCGUCCUAAUUCUAUUUCUGCUGCUGUUCAGACUUUGAUGAAGUAGGUUUUGCUUUUGACUUGUUUCGCCACUGUCAAAAAAACCUGAAUUUUAUGUUACUUGAGUUGUUUUGACUGACUUUUACUUUGCUCAAUGUAUGAUAGUCAUUAACAUUUAGGGUUUAUAAGAGUAAAACAGAGAAUUCGAAUAA